GACAAGAACAGAGGAUUGCUUUUCACCAUGAGGCAGCUCUUGUGCUGCUGCUUCCUACAACGUCUACAUUUCCUCGUCCUCCCUCUCUCUGCCCCAUUCUCUUUCCCUUCAUCUGUAGGCUGAUUGAACUGUUGGACUUUCCGAGCUUGAACGGGACAGAUUAGCCCCAAGGAGGGGGUUGCAGAAGAACAGAAGGGGGGUGAUAUCUCAGGGGAGAAGCUUCUUUUCUCUUGCCUCAGCAGGACAGGGAGAAAGAAAGGGAGAGGCAGCGUGCUCUUUUCAAUGCAGAGGAGGUUUUUUUUCUUUCCUUGGGUUUCCUGCUUUGUUUCUCCAUUCUUCGUUGUCCUGAGUGUUGGGACAAAAGUGAACUACUGCAGACAGGACUUCCACAACAGUGAGCAUUGUGACUUGUGCGACGCUAGCAUCUGCUGGCCAGAUUCAGUGGACACUGGUCUGACACCCCACGCUUUGAUGAGGUAACAGUCAACCUAUUUGCCCAACAUCCCACUGAGGAAUCAUGGGCCAGAAGAUUUCAGGAAGCAUCAAGUCAGUAGACGUGAGAGGUGAGCCUUCCUACCGCCCCUUACGGAGAGAACUCCAAGGUCCAGAUUUCUUCAAGCCAGCCAGGCUUGACCUGCUGCUGGAUAUGCCAUCAGUAUCUGCUGAGCAUCAACUGCAGCAUGCUUGGAACCCAGAUGAUCGCUCCCUCAACAUCUUCAUCAAAGAAGAUGACAAGCUGACUUUCCACCGACACCCAGUGGCCCAGAGCACGGAUUGCAUAAGAGGGAGAGUGGGCUAUACACGUGGCCUACAUGUUUGGCGAAUCCAUUGGCCCGCCCGGCAGCGGGGUACCCAUGCUGUAGUGGGUGUGGCUACAUCAGAGGCACCGCUCCAUUCAGUGGGAUACACCUCUCUGGUAGGUAGUGAUAGUGAGUCCUGGGGCUGGGACCUGGGCCGCAACAAGCUCUACCACAACAGCAAAAACCGACCAGUUUCAUCUGCACCCACCUACCCCAGCUUUCUGGAGCCUGAGGAAGCCUUUGUGCUUCCUGACACCCUGGUGGUGGUGCUGGAUAUGGAUGAAGGGACACUCAGUUUCAUGGUGGAUGGACAGUACCUUGGAGUGGCCUUCAGAGGGCUCAAGGGAAAGAAGUUGUAUCCCAUCGUUAGUGCAGUAUGGGGACACUGUGAGAUCACCAUGCGCUACAUCAAUGGCUUGGAUCCUGAACCCCUUCCUCUGAUGGACCUGUGUCGGCGAGCAGCACGUCUAGCUCUGGGCCGUGACCGAUUGCAGCAGAUUGAGACCUUGCCUUUACCCCAAUCUCUAAAAAAUUACCUCCAAUACCAAUGAUGUGGACAGAACCACACAACACACAGACUCACAAAGAGCAAGCGGCGAGGUGCGGCAACUCUAGCGCCAACAACAGGCCCCCAAGGGCGAAUGUUUACACUACAAUCUGUGGCUACUACCAGAGAUGUUCGGUUCCUUCCUCCAUUUCUUUUUUUUUUCAUUUUAUCUUUCUGGAUCUUGGAUGGCAUAUAGAGGUAGUCUGUGAGGUUGGAGUGUAAGGAUGCUGCAGCACCCCUCCACUGUUAGUAUCUCCAUGAAUGUUAUAGUCUGGCAUAAAUCCUAGGAAUGCUUGUUCGAGGCUCACAGUGAUGUUUAAACAUUCCAGAAGGAAACCAAGCACCUUAGCAGUCAGACUUUGGAGUUGGAGCUGGAGAGGUAUCCGGUAUCAAGCAGGUCUUCCUGUGCACAAGGGCAACUGCUAACUAUGAGACUAGUCAAGAAGUGCACUGAUACAGCACAAACACUUCAAACAAACACUUUCCUUCCAAUUUAAUUUGAGUCACUUUUCUAUUCCUGAGUGUGUACCUUAAUUUUAAGGUGAGUGUGAUUUUUUUUUUCUUCCCAAGGUUGAUUUAUGACUAUUAUGAUACAGAUCCUGUUACAAGUUUAGUGCUAUGUUUUGUUUUAUUUUAUUUAUCUGGAUGUAGUUCCUUUUUAACAAAUAUGACACUGUGCAUACGAGCACAUGGACAUGAUAAAUCCAUCCCAAACGGCUUUUUAUUUGAAACCAGGAUGCUGCUUUUUUCUAUUAUUAUUAUUGUUAUUAUUAUUAUUAUUGAUGCUGGUUUGUCUGCCUGAUCAAACGGGAGAUCUGCAGCAAAUAGUGGAAUGUAAGGACACCGCUAAACAUUAGUACAUUUGAAAUGUGAAU